UGACAACACACCGAGAUGGCAAACCCCGCGCUGACGUCACGGCACCGCCACCUGGCCGUCCUCCUGGUCGCGACAGUCCUGUCGCUUGCACUGGCCACCUCAGAACAGCAGCAACAACGAGGGUCUAAGGACAAGAAAAAGUUCGACUACUGCGUCAUCGGAGCCGGGCCGUCUGGCCUGCAGAUGGCCUACUACCUGAAGAAGGCCGGCAGGGACUACAGGGUCUUCGAGAAGAGCAACAUGACAGGUUACUUCUUCGGCACGUACCCGAAGCACCGAAGGCUGAUCAGCAUCAACAAGGUACACACGGGUCAGCAGAACCCGGAGUACAACCUCAGGCACGACUGGAACUCCCUCCUCAGCGAUGACCCGUCGCUGCUCUUCAAACACUACUCGAGGGACUACUUCCCGCAGGCGGACACCUUGGUCAAGUACCUCGACGAGUACCGGCGCAAGCUCGACCUCAGCGUCCAGUUCGACACCGAGGCGCGCAACAUCCGGCGGCUUCCGAAGGAGACGCCCACGGGACACCGGUUCCAGUUCGAGGACCAGCGCGGGGAGACGUACUGGUGCAAGUACGCGCUCAUGGCCAACGGCAUGUCCAGGCCCAACGAGCCCUACUUCGAGGGCCACGCGAUGACCGUGGGUUACGAGGACGUGUCCACGGACCAGGCCGACUUCGAGGCCAAGACGGUGCUCAUCCUAGGCAGCGGCAAUUCGGCCUUCGAGACGGCCAACCACGUGGCCGGCGUGGCCAACUACGUCCACCUGCUGGCCAGCUCGCCGCCGCGGUUCGCCUGGAGCACGCACUACGUGGGAGACCUGAGGGCUGUGAACAACGAGCUGCUGGACCACUACCAGCUUAAGUCGCUAGACGGCCUGCUCGAGGCCAAUCUGAACAUCCUGCAGUUAGUUCGCACCCAGUCCGGCAAGCUGGCGCUGCAGUUGCGCAACGACAGCUCCUUCAACUACGCGCCGCCUGAUGACGAGUACGACGUGGUGAUACGCUGCCUGGGCUUCACGUACAACGACGACAUGUUUUCGCCGCGCACGAAGCCGGAGCGCGCUGCGGGACGAAGGUCCAAGUUCCCCCUAAUCAACCGAGACUUCGAGUCGGCCAACGUGCCGGACCUGUACUUCGUGGGUUCCACGGCGCACUCCUUGGACUUCAGGGAGACCGCCGGUGGAUUCAUCCACGGAUUCAGAUACACCUCGCGCGCCCUCCACCGGCUGCUGGAGUGGAAGAACCACGGCGUGCCCUGGCCGAGCGAGCGGCGGCCCCUGGCUCAGCUGAUGGACGCCAUCUUGACGCGGGUGAACGAGGCCUCGGGCAUCUACCAGAUGCACCACUUCCUCGGCGACGUCAUCAUCAUUGACCGGAACACACUGGAGUUUGAGUACCUGCAGGAGUUCCCACUGCCGCUGCUGCCCCAGUUUGAAGAGAAGACGGGCCACAAGGUCGAAGGCAAGGAGGUGAUCGUGGUGGCGCUCCGCUACAACCCGGACUUCACGGGACCCCGGCUGGACACCUUCCACUCCGACCGGGCGGUCGAGGACGUCGAGAAGGCGCACCUGUCAAACUUCCUGCAUCCCGUCAUCUACUACUACAAUCGGCUCAUCCAAAAACCAGCGGGCGAGCACGUAGAAGAGCUGGAGAACCGCCACGGCAACCCUAGCAUUCCGGUGCCUGACAGGAUCCACCACAUGCUCGAAGACUUCCUGACGCGGUGGACCUCACCGCACCUGCACGUUGAGCCACUACGAAGGUACCUCGAGUCGUGCCUGGGUGUGGAUCUGCGCCGCUACCGAAGCACCGAGUGCUUCGCCAAGCUCCUGGACGGGGCGGCGGAGGACGUGGCAUCACCACUUCCGCUGAGUUGUGUGCAGCGGCCCGAGUUCGAGACCAGCCACUUCUUGCACCCCGAGCAUGGGCACACCUUUGCGCAGAACUAGGUUGACCUGUCUGCUGCCGAUGCUGCACCCGCACAAAGCUAAAGCCCAGA